AUGAGAUUCUCAGCAGUUGCAGCAUUGUGCGCCGCGCCAUUGGCAUUGGCUUCUAGCCUUCAAGCAGACCUGGUUGCUCGAGGGGCUGUCAACGCAGAGAAGGGAGCGAAGGCAAACGCAAACGCAAACAGCGGUAAUUCGAUCGUUGUCCAAGAAUCUGGAGCCGUGUCGUCAACAGAGGUCGUCAUCAUCUGGGUCAACAAUGGAGGUGGAGCCGCAACUCAGACUGUCACCACAACACAGACAGUAAUUGGCAGCUCGACGGUUUCCGCUGCAACACAUCAAGUCACCGUCGGUGGAACUGCCGGCCUCGUGUACAGCCCGGAUAACGUCCUUGCCAACGUUGGCGAUAUGGUCGUGUUCACCUUCUUGUCCCAAAACCACACUGCAACCCAAUCAGCUUUCGCCACUCCCUGUGAGAAGCUUACCGGCGGUAUGGAUUCGGGCUUCAUGCCAAACAUCAACGGGUCUGUCAACCCAGCACCUCAAAUGGCUAUGCAAGUCACUGUUGCCACUCCAAUCUGGUUCUACUGCAGACAAACUGGACAUUGUGGAAAGGGAAUGACUUUCUCUAUCAACCCCCAGAACGGUCAAAACGGCAACAAGACCCAAGCUGCAUUCCAACAGUUGGCCAUUUCACAGAACGGUACUGGUAGCACUGCCGUCAUUGCUGGUGGAACUGGGGCUUCUUCUGCUGCACCAGUUUCCAUCGCUUCCGCCACCGCUUCUGCCGCUGCCGUUCAGUCUGCAAGCGCUGGCAGCUCUGGCCUAACUUCCGGAUCUGGAACCCUCAACUCCAAUGGUGCAUGUGACUGCUCUUGCCUUUGCGGUACCGCUGCUUUCCCCGCCGCUGUUCAAGGUAUCGGUGGAUUCGGUGGCAUGUCUGGUUAG